AUGAAGCUUAAAAGAUGUUACCCGUCUGGAUAUGAAAAGAGAAAAAAGAAGCAAAGAGUCGAAAAAUUACUCAAAUCUCAAGCAGGGGCUAUUGACAAAUUCGUUACAACUGGUGAACCGCUAGAACAUUCAGUUGAAGACUUGGAAAAUAAAGAAGAUGAAGGUUUGGUGAAUAAUGAAAAUGAAAAUUUGGUGAAUGAAGAAGUUGAAAGUUUGGUGAAUAACGAAAAUGAAAACUUGGCGAAUGAAGAAGAAAAUGAGAAUUUAGGGAGUGGAGAAGCCAAUCAAGAUGAGGAGAUGAAUGUUGAAUGUGAACCUUUGAAUAUUGAUGAUCCGAGUAAUUGGAAAAAUAUUGAUCAGAAUUUACGAGAUUUAUUAGUAGAGAGAGGUCCUGUGAGAAGAGAUUGCGACGUCAACUUCCUUAAGGACGCUAAUGCUAGGCAUUUCUCCUCCAUUCAUUACAUUCGGCAUUUAGCAAAUGGAGAAAAACUUGACAGGAAAUGGUUAAUAUACUCGGAGAUUUUGGAUAGAGUUUUUUGCUUUUGUUGUAAGUUGCUUAAGCUAGAAGGAAAUAAGACUCAAUUGGCUACUAAAGGAUUUAAAGAUUGGAAAAAUAUUGGUGAGAGACUUAAAGGCCAUGAAAGUAGUAACGAGCAUAUUACCUGCCUGAGUAAAUGGAUUGAGCUGGAGAAAAGAUUGGGGAAGAAUCAAACAAUAGAUAAGAGUGCACAAGACCAAAUUAGCAAAGAAAGAGAACAUUGGAGACGAGUAUUAUUGAUGAUAAUUGCUGUUGUGAAAUUCCUUGCAAAGAAUAAUUUCCCUUUUCAUGGAAGCCAUGAGAAGAUUUAUGAAGAGAGCAAUGGAGUUUUUUUAAGCACAGUUGAAAUGAUUGUCGAGUUUGAACCAACAAUGCAAGAGCACUUACGGCGGAUAGAAAAUGGUGAGAUUCAUUACCAUUAUUUGAGUCACAAAAUUCAAAAUGAAUUGAUACAAUUGUUGGCCGGGGAAGUCAAAACUGCAAUUGUGUCAAGAAUCAAACAAGCGAAAUAUUUUUCAGUCAUACUUGAUUGUACUCCGGAUAUAAGCCAUCAAGAACAAAUGUCACUUGUUUUGCGAUGUCUGGAUGUUUCAACGAGUCCAAUUAUGGUGAAAGAGUUAUUUUUGGAAUUCUUGAAGGUGGAUGAUACAACAGGAAUGGGACUUUUUGGUGAACUUCAAGAAGCGUUAGUUAGCCUUGAACUUGAUAUUGGUGACUUAAGAGGACAAAGAUAUGACAAUGGUUCUAACAUGAAAGGAAAAAACAAAGGCGUUCAAACAAGAGUACUUGAGCUUAAUCCUAGGGCAUUCUAUACGCCAUGUGGUUGUCAUAAUCUCAAUCUUGUGCUUUCUGAUAUGGCCAAUUCUUCCUCUAAAGCAAAAACUUUCUUUGGUGUGGUACAAUGGAUAUAUGUUUUGUUUGCAUCUUCCGUUCAACGAUGGGCUAUUUUGAAAGAUAAUGUGGAAGGUUUCACAGUUAAGCAAUUGUCACAAAUGCGUUGGGAAAGUUGCAUUGAAAGUGUUAAACCACUAAGGUACCAUGCCCAACAAAUAAGAGAUGCUUUAGUUAUCUUGGCAAAUACUACCACAGAGGCGAUGGCAAAGAGUGAAGCUAAGUCCCUAGUUACUAAUGAACUUGAGAAUUUUGAGUUCUUGUUUUGCAUUGCUAUUUGGUACAAUUUGUUGUUUGCUGUUAACUCCGUUAGCAAUCUCCUUCAAAGUGAAGAUAUGGAUAUAGAUGUUGCUGUAAAGCAAUUGAAAGGACUUAUUACUUAUUUUGAAAGGUAUAGAGAAAUUGGUUUCGUGGAGGCAAUGGUUGAAGCUAAAGAAAUGGCAAGUGAAAUGGGAGUUGAACCUUCAUUUGUUGAAAAGCGCAUUAUUUGCAGAAAGAAACAACUUGACGAGGAUGUUAGUGAAGAAGUGACCCAAUCGGUUGAAGAAUCCUUCAGAGUUAAUUACUUCUUGUAUAUAGUUGACAAAGGUCUUUUGUCACUCAAGAAUAGGUUUGAGCAAUUCAAAGUAUAUGAGGCAAACUUUGGCUUUUUGUUUAACUUGAAAAAGACCAGCGAUGAAUCUUUGAAGACUUGCUGUGAGAACCUUGAAAGAUUUUUAAAACAUGGCGGGGUUUCAGAUAUUGAUGGAAGAGAGUUAUCUAUGGAGCUGAAAGUCUUGAAAGAUGGAUUGCCAAAGGAAGUCAACAAACCAAUUGAAGUGCUCAAUCAUUUGAAGACCAUGGACAAUUGUUUGCCAAAUUCAUGGAUUGCUUAUAGAAUACUUUUGACUAUUCCGGUUACAGCUGCAUCGGGGAAAAGAAGCUUUUCAAAGUUGAAACUGAUCAAGAAUUAUCUUCGAUCAACCAUGUCACAAGAAAGGUUGAAUGGGUUAGCCAUGCUAUCCAUUGAAAAUGAUUUCGCAGCAAAACUAGACUAUGGAAGCUUAAUUGAUUUAUUUGCCUCUAAAAAUGCAAGAAGAGCAAUGUUCAAUGAUACUUAUUAG